AUGGACAACCGAAGCCUCGAGGCGUACAUUGGAAAACUCGUUGAAUCGACGCGCUGGCAAUCGCGUUGUAAACCCAUGUUUCUGCCCAGGUUGGACAAUGAUGAGCGGUGGUCCGAGCAGCAAGGAAUAUUGGCUGUCGUCUACCAAUGCGGCCAGGAUCAUUCAUUGCGUUUUAUUACCACGCCGCGCAUCAAACUUCUUGUCAGAAUGAACAACUAUAUCUCCACGUUGUCGACUUGGCCGGCUGCUCUGGCCCUGGGUCAGCCUCGCUCAUUGCACCUGGACGGUUGGGAUUGGAAGCGGGAGGCGUUUGAAUCGGAUAAUGUGCUUACCUUGGGCCUUGAUUCGGGUUUAAGAGUGCCCAAUCGCCAAGGCACAGUAGUAGUAGUAGCUCCUCCUGACGCGAGUAUUGCUAAUUAUAGCCACAGCUGA